CCGUUUGGUGUAGCAGCUGUCGACAAUUUUUUGUGUUUUCCCGACGUACACGUGUGUAUGAAUGCAGAAGCUUUUACCAGCACUAGCAGUGCUGCGCCUGACAGCCUCGUGAGCGAAGGUCAGGUAUUGGAACUACUAGAUCAGUUCUCAAAGACAACGUACAGGGCUCGGGACAAGGAAAGAAAGCAUGAAAUUGUGGAGAGAAGAUGUUUACAUUUAUUUGCCAAAGACUACAAAUACUCGGUGAUACAUAAUGGUAAUGGUGAACUGUGUAAUCACUAUCCAACUAAGUUAAUUCUCUUGGAGUAUGAAUUGUCAAACAGUGAUGUGUACCCAACCAGUGUUGAAAGCCUGUAUGAUUUAGCAAAGAUGCAAGAACUUUUCACAAAAGCCCGCUUUGCCAGAUGUCGAUCACGCUUUGUUAUACCGGUUUUACUUUAUGAGGGAAAGCAAAUAUGUAGAUCAUCUACUUUAUCUGCUGGUGCUGAGAUCUAUGGCAGGUCGGGUUUAGAUUAUUUGUUUAAUACAGGUGGUAGUGGAGGUGGUGUUGGUUUCUCAGAUGUUUCUUAUGAGGAAGAUUCGCCUACUGAUGAAAUGCUGCAGACAAAUCAAGCCACUAGUGGUGAUUGGCAGUUGAUGGAUAGAAUUCGUGGUCAAGAUAUAAAGUUAUUGAAAUUAUUAUCAGUAGGCUAUGUAUGUGAUCUGAUGGUUGAAAAGAAGAAAGUUAAGUUUGGCAUGUCUGUGACAUCAUCAGAGAAAGCUGACAAGGAACACCGGUAUAGUGAUUUCUGUCUCAUGUCAUUACCUUAUCCUGGUUGUGAGUUUUUUAAGGAUUAUAAAGAUAAUAAGUAUGUUGCAGAAGGGCUCUCAUUUGACUGGACUCAGGGUUUUGUUGAUGCUGAAUUACAGAUACCUGGGAGUUGUAAACUUGAUUCAUUAGGAAUAGAUUGGACCAAAUAUAGGAAAUGGGACCUAGUUACUAUUACAUCUAAUUAUUUAAAGUUAUUUUUGCAUAUUUUAAAAGAAGGUGAUUGUGGUGUGUUGAUACAUUGCAUCUCAGGAUGGGACAGGACUCCACUUUAUAUUUCACUCUUAAGACUCUCAUUAUGGGCCGACGGCAAAAUGCAUAAAUCACUGUCACCGAUAGAAAUGCUAUAUUUAACAAUAGCUUAUGAUUGGCUACUAUUUGGGCAUAAUUUAAUUGACCGAGUUGGAAAAGGCGAAGAGAUUUUUUUCUUCUGCUUCAACUUUCUUAAAAACAUAUCAUCAAGAAGAGUUUUCGCUGAAGCAGCGACACCAUCGGCCACUUGGUAGAUUAGACUCGGACUCCCAGUUUGAUAACCCUUUACUGCUCGAUUCUGAAUAUUCUAAUCAAUGUUCUGGUAGCAGUACUAGUUUAAACAGUGCUUGUAGUGUUACCAGUGUUGGUAGUACAAGCUCACCAAUUGUAUUCAAUGUCUCAGAAAAGACAGAUAGAGAAGAUGCUGUUCAGGGAAACAGUGUGUUUUACCGACCACUUUACAACAAUAAUUCUACCAGUGUUUAUAGCAAUGGUGGUAAAGGUGGAACAAGUCCUGUUCCCGUCCCACUCAAAAAAUACACCCCUGAUACGGACAAAUCAGCAGCAUCAUCAGGUUGUGGAAGUUGGCAGAUUAUAUCAAGGGCAGGAAGCUGCAAGGAUUCUGUUCCUUCAGAUAGCUCUAACGCUGCUAGUAGCAGUGGUAGCAGUAGUAGCGGUGGAGCUGGUCAAAGUCAUUUAUCAUUUCACAAUUCUGCAGCG